AUGAAUUCAACGUGCUUUUUGGUAUUGUUGGUUACUGUGGCCAGCGCUAGGACUAUGAAUAAUGAUUGGAUCAAAGCGAGAAAGGUAGGUUAAUACUAUUUAGGGUAGGGUAUGGUAGGGUAAAGUAGGGUAGGGUAGGGUAGGGUAGGGUGAGGAAGGUUUUUAAAUUUUUAUAGUUAAAUUUUAAUAAAAAUGCAUUUUAAAGACGCGACAAUCAGAGAAUGAAUCAGUCAACUCGGUGAGCAGUCCAUCUGUUUGUACGGCAGAGGAUUGUUCUAACCACGGUACUUGUUUCGGGACGAAAACUAUGCCAUUUUGUAUUUGUCAAAUUGGGUUUGCUGGACCUAGAUGUCAAGAAUGUAAGUUAUUAUAACAUUCAGUAAUCAAACAUGCUACAAUUAAAAAAUUUUUUUGUUUUUUAGUUUAAAAACGACAAAAAGUGAAAGGUUUUUAGGCAUUUUAGAGGUAUAAUAGAUGGUUUCAACCUGUUUUUUAAAAAACUUAUAAGUUGUUACCUAAAGUAAGUUAAAGCAUAUUAUAGAAAUUGAAAAAACGUAUAUAAAUUAAAAUUUUUAAAAUUAGACGGUGUGUAGUAAAGAAAUUACAGCGCGUUCAAAAUGUAAAAACGGGCAAUUUUCCGGCCGGAUUCGAACAUUUUUGGAUUUUCGGCUUUUUCAGAUGAUCAUAACUUUGUUAUAAAUCAAGAUAUAAAUAUGAAAAUUGUUAGAUUAAUGCAUCUUUUAAUGGUCUUCAACAUUUUAAAAACAAAUUUUAAAAUUUUUAAAAAAUUUUAGUUACGAUAAGAUUACUGUAAUUCUUAAAAUUUUGGUUUUUUGGACCUUUUGAUGUUAAAGUAAAGAUAAUAUAAAGCGUGUUACUUAUUAUAAAACACUUUUAAAUUACUUACACUCACAUUCCAGCUUACUGUGACUCAAACCGUGAAUGCUCAGGACAUGGCUGGUGCAUGGGUACUACUAACCAGUACACCUGCUUGUGUAACCUUGGUUACAGUGGAACGAAGUGUGAAGUCGCUGGCAUUGUAGUGAAUGCUACUGAACCCGUGAAUGCUGAGGUUUAUGCUAAACAGACUACGUUAGCUCCAUCGGAUGGACCUGUCAACACUGAUAGUGAUGAUGAAAAGCAAUUGACUGGGCAAGCCUAA